AUGUUCAGUGAUACUGAUCAAGAUAAAGAUUUUUCAAAAUCCAACUUCAAAUAUGACUUUAAUUACAAAGCAAAGAAAAAAGUCCAGCUAAUGGUGGAAUGCAUUAAGUACCAUCUUGAUGAUGAGGAAUGCCUUCGGAAAAGCCUUCUUUCCAUUGCUUCAUUAAGUGCUACUAACACUUUUGUUCAAGACUAUCUGAGAGAAAAUGGUUGUUUAAAGUUUAUAUUGAAUAUAUUCACUUCAAACAGCAACUCUCAAAUAAAAGAGGCUACAAUGUUCUGCUUGGCUUGUGCAAUAGAUCAAAAUGUUGCUUCCCAAAAAUUCAUGACCACAUCUAUUGUCUUUGAACAUUUAAGCAAAAUACUGUCAUCUGACAUACAUGCAAAUAACUUACAUCAUACAGCGACAUACUUCAUCUCCUGCAUAACAAAUAACAACAGUUAUGGUCAGGUGAUUUGCAGAAAAUCCUCUUGCUUGAAAAAUCUUCUUGCCUUAUUCAGAUCAAUAACAGACAAGAAGACAAAGGAAAGAGACAUUUUGGAAAAUGCCAUUGUACAGAAUGUCGAGCUUCUUGUUAUUGUCUGCAAUGCAAUAUGUACUUGUGUAAAUAAUCCAAGAAACACUGAGAAUCAAGAAUAUUGUGCAAAACAUGUUCUAAAAUUGAGUUUGCUGUUCAUCAAAAAAUGCCAACAUCUUUUAGCUGUGCAAAGUGUAGUAAGACUCAUUGCAAUGCUUGUUGCUUCUAAUGAGACCAACCAAAAUACAUUGCGAGAACUGGAUGGAAUUGAUGUAUUAGUAAACAUAAUUAAGCUAUACACACUUGCUACCGACAAUGUUUAUAACGCUGAUUAUUUGAAAACUGCUGUUCUAUUAACUUCAGCUCUUGAUACAUGUCUUUUGGGUAACGUGGUCCUAUUCAUGCCUGGCACCCAAUCCAGCAAUUGUACUGUACCCACAAAAAACCAAACUCGCAAUCUUCAGUUCGGUUUGUGUGCCUAUCCUCAUUAA